CACACACACACACACUAAAACACACGCACGUUCCACUUCUCUGGAGAUAUCACUGCUUCUUUCCUGUUUUUUUAAAGAAAUAAAUUAUGACGUGUCACAGGACAGAUGGAGAAAUGAUGGAGCGUCAGAACGACCGUUUAUUUCAGUUUUCCACUCAAUGAAGGGAGAAAGUUUGUUUGUUUGUUUGUUUGUUUGUUUUGCGUUGAUAUCUGGAGAGAAACGAAUCAUGGAGACAUACACCCUUCAUGACAUGCUCUUUAACAGCACGGACAUUUACAGGAUACUGUGUGAGUUCGCCCUCAGGAACAUGUCCGAGUGUGAGAACGCCAGCGAACCCGGAGUGGCACCCGAGCCUAAAGAUAUAAACCAGACAGUACGGAUCGUCCUCUACUGCGUGAUUUUCCUGCUGAGUGUUCUGGGGAACAGCCUCAUCAUCGCAGUGCUGGUGAGGAACCGGCGUAUGCGAACCGUCACCAACCUCUUCCUGCUCUCCCUGGCUGUCAGCGACCUGAUGCUGUGCGUGUUCUGCAUGCCUUUCACUCUCAUUCCUAACCUGAUGAAGAACUUCGUCUUCGGCAGCGGCAUCUGUAAAGUGGCCACCUACUUCAUGGGUAUCUCAGUCAGCGUGUCCACCUUCAACCUCGUGGCCAUCUCUCUGGAGCGCUACAGCGCCAUCUGCAAUCCACUGACAUCGCGCACAUGGCAGACCAAAUCCCAUGCUGCCAAGGUGAUCAGCGCCACAUGGCUGAUCUCCUUCCUGCUCAUGGUGCCGUACCCGAUCUCCAGCACGCUCGUGCCCUACCGCCGCACCAACAACAGUACGGGCAACAUGUGCCGCCACAUCUGGCCCAGCGACAUCAUCCAGCAGUCAUGGUACGUGUUCCUGUUAUUGAUCCUCAUCCUGGUGCCAGGAAUUGUGAUGAUGACAGCAUAUGGAUUAAUCUCUGUCGAGCUGUACAGAGGAAUUAAGUUCGAAAUGGCUAACAGAAAGGCAAGCCGAGAGAGACAGAGCAGCACAGGAAGCCUCAAGCCCAGCGAAUGCGACGGCUGUUAUCUUCAGCCCUCCAAGAAGAAGCGCUCAGAUGCGUCCACCAAUCAGCAGUCAGCACUUCUAGCUUCCAACAGCAAGCCCAAGCUGAGCCGCGUAUGCAGCAGCAGCCCCACAGCCAACCUGAUGGCCAAGAAGCGCGUGAUCCGCAUGCUGUUGGUCAUCGUGGUGCUCUUCUUCCUCUGCUGGACGCCUGUGUUUGCGGCGAACGCUUGGCGGGCGUUCGACAAGCGCUCGGCCGACCGGCUCCUCUCUGGAGCACCCAUCUCCUUCAUCCACCUGCUUUCGUACACCUCGGCAUGCGUCAACCCCAUCAUCUACUGCUUCAUGAACAAGCGCUUCCGUCAAGGUAUGCUAGCCACCUUCUCCUGCCGCACAAGGCACGCAGACAGAGAGGGGCGAGGCAGCGGGCGCCUCAGUGCUGGAGGAGGAGGAGGGGGUACUCUUGGAACUCUGGGAUGUGCUGGAGGGGGAGGGAAGGAGAACACACAGUCCAGCGGGACGCUCACCAGGCUGACGUACAGCAGCGUCCGUGGCUCAGCACAAGCAUAACACAGAGGGAAGGAGGGAGGUUUGUGCUCAAGAGUUUCAAUCUGAGAACUUUCAGACAGCUAAAAUCUUUUGAUGAUCAUCUGCUCUGUGAUGUUCUCUUAGAAAGAUUGGUAUGUAAGGAAAUACGUACAGUAUACAUACUGUAUUUGUAAGCCAUUUCAAAAAAGGAGCCUCUUUCGUUGUAUUACUUUCAAUCCAGGCAGCUCGAUGGCAGUGUUCUGAUAAAACUUUUUCUAUAACGUGGAAAAAGCAGAGCAUUAGCUAAGAACUAAACUCACUCACUGAUAUAUGAGACAUUAAGUCUACAUGCACUGGUGGGAGACAACACUGAGAGACCGAUGUUUGAGAUCGAGUGUUUAAAUUUGAAUUCAUGUCACUGGUAAGUAAACAGACACAUCAAAUGGAGCAUGACUGUGCAUGGCUUGAGAGUCGCUCUAGUCUGCAUUAGGGCACUGACUCGUGCACGAGCCUUUUAUGAAACACACAGGAGUUAAUGGAUUGAUCCUGGCCCUUCUUCAAUUACGUGCAGAGAGAGAAGAAAGGAAGCUCAUUAAAGAGUUGAAAACAUAUCUGUUUAUCAAUAUGGUUUUAUGCCCUGUGCACACAAACACACAAGAUGUAAAAACACACUCGCAGUUUUAUGAUAAAUUGCAUGCAACUCAUUUUUGUUGCAUUUUUGACCAAGUAAGGUUUAUCUACAAAUAUAUUAUAUAAUAAUGUAAUACCUUGUUGGAUUUUCUGUAGUUACACUCACCUACUCAUAGAAUGAGAGCUUAAUGUUUUGACAUACUCUCUCUUCGAACAGCAUAAAAACAUUUUUUAGAAGGUCCAGGUAGACUAGGCAAAGACAUGUUGUCAUUUAAAAAAAAUAUAUAUAUUUUUUUUUUCAAUAGAAAUACACUGCCUGUCCAAAAAAAAGCACACUCUCAUAUAUUUAAUUUAAUCAACUUUGGCAUGGAUUGCUAGAUUGCUCAGAUUGCUUUCUCGUGCUCCCAGACCAAUUCUUUCAUAAUGUAAGUCCUGGAAUAUGGCUGUGCCACCAGGGAAGAAAAGACCUGGUCAUUCAGUACAGUCAGGUCAUCAGCUGACUUCAUUUUAUUGCCACGUAAUGUUCCUGAUCCUAGACCUGACCGCAGCAACCCCAGAUCAUAAUACUGCCUCCGGAGGCUUACAGGAUAUAUCGCUUCAUGCACUUCCUUACUCACCCUGAUGAUGACAUCACUAUAGAACAGGGUUAAGCUGAACUCACAUAUGAAGACCACAUGACUUUUUCCAUUGCUUAUAAUGCUAAUCUUU